AUGACCUCCGCUCUUCUGGGUCGGGUGUCUCACGCUCGGACUUACACCACCGCAUCCCCUUUGACCCUGUGUCUCUGCGCCGCAUCCUUGGGCACCCUCCUGGCUUGGACGUCUGUCAGAGCUUCCUUCCACUCGGCCGCAUCGGAGCCUAUCCCCAGUCCUGCUUCGUCUCUCAUCCCACAUCUCUCACAGGAGCAAGUGAAGAAACUGCCAUAUCCCCCUCAUCCACUGCCCGGAUUGCGCGAUGUAGAUAGUCCGUAUGGCCGAACGCGCGUUUACGAGUGGGGGCCAGAGGAUGGCCCUCGGAUAUUACUUAUCCAUGGCAUCUCUACGCCAAGCAUCGCUCUGACCGAUCUGGCGCACAGGUUGACAGCCGAAGGAUAUAGGGUUUUGCUGUUUGAUCUGUUUGGUCGCGGGUACUCUUCCGCUCCCUCUCCGGAUGCUCAUCGAUACGACUCUGCCCUGUACAUGUCCCAGAUUCUACUCUGCAUUCAGUCUUCCCCUGUUCUCUGGUCUUCCUUCACCAUCGUUGGAUAUUCUCUGGGUGGUGCCAUCGCUGCUGACUUCACUUCCUAUUUUCCGAAUCUUGUCGACGGUCUUGUCCUGGUCGCUUCUGGUGGACUGAUACGGACAGAGCAUAUUAGCUGGAAGAGCAGGCUCUUGUACUCCACCGCUGGUUUCGUUCCCGAGUCUUGGAUUGAAAGGCUUGUGACAAGGAGGUUGUGGACUGGUGCUGAAGUGUCAAGAUCCAUCGAACCUGAGCCGGACUCUUCCAUCGUUUCUGCCAAUUCUGAUGAUGUGAAGACCGCUGCACAUCGAGGCAAUGCUGUGUACGCUUCGAGCAAUCUUAACCUCCUUCCAGGCAAUAGCUGUAGUACCGUAUCCGGUGUUGUGGACUGGCAAAUUUCCCAUCAUAGAGGUUUCGUCCCCGCUUUCAUAUCGAGCAUUCGGUAUGCGCCUAUUCACAAUCAACAUCAUCGAUGGCGAGUUGUGGCGAACAAUAUAGAGACAGGAGCAGGGAAACUAAAAGAAGUUCAGUUAGUGUUGGGAGAGACGGAUCCCAUCAUCAUCGCCGAAGAAAUGGUGGAAGACUCAAAGGCAAUACUGGGAGACAAGAUCAAAAUCACCAUAGUGAAAGGUGCAGGACAUGAACUUGCCAUCGACAGAGCGAGCGAGAUUGUCCAAGUAAUCAAAACACUUCAAUGA